AGCUUGGCCGCCUCCCGCGGCGCCCUGGACGGCGGGGACCCAGGGCAGUCGGACGGGCGGUUGCCGGUUGGAACUCGGGCCGUGAGGGCUGGGAGAUCCGAAGCGCUUGGUUCCCCCCCGGGCCGGAGCGGGGGCAGGUGGGGGCGCAGGCCCGGGGGAUGCUGGGCUCGGUGAAGAUGGAGGCUCAUGACCUGGCGGAGUGGAGCUACUACCCGGAGGCGGGCGAGGUUUACUCUCCAGUGACCCCAGUGCCCACCAUGGCUCCCCUCAACUCCUACAUGACCCUGAACCCUCUGAGCUCUCCCUACUCCCCUGGGGGACUCCCUGCCUCCCCACUGCCCUCAGGACCCCUGGCGCCCCCAGCCCCCACCGCACCCCUGGGCCCCACCUUCCCAGGCCUGGGUGCCGGCGGUGGUGGAGGCAGCAGCUCAGGGUACGGGGGCCCGGGCCCGGGCCCGGGGCUGGUGCACGGGAGAGAGAUGCCGAAAGGGUACCGGCGGUCCCUGGCGCACGCCAAGCCGCCAUAUUCCUACAUCUCGCUCAUCACCAUGGCCAUCCAGCAGGCGCCGGGCAAGAUGCUGACGCUGAGCGAGAUCUACCAGUGGAUCAUGGACCUCUUCCCCUACUACCGGGAGAACCAGCAGCGCUGGCAGAACUCCAUUCGCCACUCGCUGUCCUUCAACGACUGCUUCAUCAAGGUGGCGCGCUCCCCAGACAAGCCAGGCAAGGGCUCCUACUGGGCCCUGCACCCCAGCUCAGGGAACAUGUUUGAGAACGGCUGCUACCUGCGCCGCCAGAAGCGCUUCAAGCUGGAGGAGAAGGUGAAGAAAGGUGGCGGCGGGACCUCCGCCCCCAGGAAUGGUGCAGGAUCCGCCGCCUCGAGCGCCACCCCGGCUGCCACCGUCUCCUCUCCGCCGCAGCCGCAGCCCCAGCCCCCACCCCCCGAGCCUGAGGCCCAGGGUGGGGAGGACGUGGGGGCUCUGGACUGUGGCUCGCCGCCUUCCUCCACACCCUACUUCACUGGCCUGGAGCUCCCGGGGGAGCUGAAGCUGGACGCCCCCUACAACUUCAACCACCCUUUCUCCAUCAACAACCUGAUGUCGGAACAGACACCAGCACCUCCCAAGCUGGACGUGGGGUUUGGGGGCUACGGGGCAGAGGGCGGGGAGCCUGGGGUCUACUACCAGGGCCUCUAUUCCCGCUCUGUGCUGAACGCCUCCUAGCGGGGGCCAGAGCCACGGCGGGUGGGGUUCGGCUGUAGCUGACGCAGGCGGGCUGGCGGGGCCUGGUUCUCCCCGAGACGCUGCGUCCGUCCCCGCCACUUCAACAUCUUGGCUGGUCUCUUGCUUACUGUGGUGACUGCCGCUUCUGUGGGCGUCGUGGCAGUCCGUCGGGUACUGUGAAGUCUGCCAUGUUGAUUGAUAUACUUGGUCGACCCACUGGGUGCUCCUGAUGGCCCCCAUCAGGAUGACAUCUGGUUGGCCCUUUGGACAGGGAUGGAUGUCCUCUCGGCUGACCCUUUGGUUGCCAAGGUGAUGCUGGUUCAGGUGCAUCUUCUUUGGCCAGUUGGGUGCUGUGAUCACUUUUUUGGGGUGGACCUCUCGGCCCGGUAGGUGCCGAGUUGGCCAUCAUCCCACGUAACAUCUGUUUUGGUCCACUGGGAGCUACGGCGGCCACCGUGCUGGCUGGUGGACAUAAUAAUCACUGUCCCUUUGGUGUGAGCUGAGGGAGGGAUGGAGAGGAGCGUGCCCUCGAUUCUCCCUGGAGCCCAUCCCCUGCUCUGGUCCAGGAGGGACCAGGAAGGACUGCUGGGGCGGGCGAUUUCUACUGAAGUCUGGGUCUUGCCUGGGAAGUGGGAUGCUGGCUGUGUUUGAACAUUAAAGGCACCGUUUCUGCCUCACA